AUCAUGACAUUAAUAAACGUCAUGGACAGAGAAAGUAUUAAAUAAUUAAAACAAUCAAAUACCAUCAAUCCAUAGACAAUUUACAUAUGCCAGUUUAAUGUAUUUUCCGCUUAUUUACAGACAUGCGCAGAAAAAUAUAGAACCCUCAGUAAAAACUCAAUUUAUUUUCUAAAAACAUCACACCCUGGCUCGUUGUACGUUCUGGCAUUCUAAACGCACCCCUCUGAUAGCAUGAUUUAUGUCAUGUUACGAUUAUUUUGACGUGUUUAGAAUUUAGUUUUAGACUCAAGAUGAAUAAAUAAAUCUGAGGUUUCACUUGAUCGGGUUAUAAAAAUCUUUAAUUAGGUUGAACCAGUAUAAAUUAUUUUCGUAAAUAUGGCUUCGUCAGAUCCUAAUAGGGAUGUUGAAAAAACAAAUAAUGAACCAUCCAUUAAAGAAAAUUGUGAAGAGAAUAUAUUAGAAAAAUAUAUUUAUGAUACUGUAUUGAUCAACAUUUUUAAAUCUCUAGAUGAACAUAAAGAAGAAAUAAGAAAAAAGGAAAUAUUAACUGAAAAUAACAUGAGCAUAUAUAGAAACAACCAUUCUUUGGUAAUAAGAAAACAAGAUAAAGUUUCAGGACCGGAAGAGAUUUUUGAUAUAGAUAGUAAAUCCAUUUUCGAUGAAAAGUGUCCACCAGAUUCGUAUCGUCAAACUUUUGUAUCCAAAUCCUUUAGAAAAGCAGAAUUUAUGGUUUAUAUAGCUAUAAAGUAUACUGUGCCCAUUUUUGAUGAUUCAGGUCAAAGAUUACCGCAAGCAGCUAUCGAUGGCGAUAUAGAAAGAGGGACUUUUCUUACUAAAGUUAUCAUCAUUCUUAUAUUCCAGCUAAUUUUAUUAAUAUCAUUUGUUUCUGCAAGCGUUUGGAUCAUACCAUUACAAAAUUUAAUAAAAGACAAUCAUACAUUGUUUUUUUCUAUAUGGGCCCUAGACUUUGUACUGUUUCUAAUGAUGAAUUUCUGGGAAAGUGCUAGAAAAAAAAUUCCAUAUAAUUACAUUAUAUUGAUCAUAUUUACGCUUUGCUCAGCAUAUCCUUUGGCAUAUUUCAAUAUUUAUUUAAACACUCCCAAAUUAUUAUUAUUAAGUUUUGCUGGAACUGUAGUGAUAUUUCUUUUACUCGGUAUCAUAUCAUGUAUAAAAUGUCAAUGUUCUCCUUUGUCAUACCGAUUACAGCAUAGAAUUAGCAUACUAUUAACUGUUUUUCUUUCCGUAUUCGGCAUAUUCGCAGUAAUUCAUUAUUUUUCCUCCGGUAAUAUUUUUAUAUUCUAUAUAUUUACGUGCAAAUUUCUACCUAUACAAAUGUUCUUCACUCUGGAACUGCUUCAACUAAUUUUGGGAACAGGAGGAUGUCAUGCUAUGAAAACUGAUGAACCAGUUUUUGCUGCUAUUAUGAUAUAUGUUUAUAUUAUUACAAUGGUAGUUAUUUUACUAGUAUUAAUGCAAGGGCCAUAUCGAUAAAUACAUAAUAUUUAACAAAAUAACUAAUAUUAACUACGUGUUUUAUUUUGUGUUUAGUACAAUGACGGGACUUUCAUAUUAAUACCUGCAACUAUAGUCUAGAGAAGAAAGGGGUGUAGUAAUUUAAUUUGCAGAACGUAAUACAGAUUCAAGAGGUAGACAUUUUAUAUACUCAUCUUUCAAUGUUUAUAUAUAUAUAUAUAUAGUCAAAAUGGAAAUUUAAAUACAUCUGAUAGGCAUAAUGUGAUGUUUGUUUAUAUAUUAUUAAUUUAUUUAAACACUUAUUUUAUAACACUUAUUAUAAUUUAUACCUAUAUACAGGGUCUGUAAAAG